UAAAUAAAUUUUUUUAUUAUUUAAACCGAAUAAAAAAAAAAAAAGCUAUUUUGGGCAAAACUGAAGGAGAACUAGAAGAGCUUUCAUUGCGAGGUUUAAUUAAGCUUAAUUUUCCGAUCCACACCAGCAACACCACGAUCAAAAUUCCACCUUUGGAAAAGGGGAAGAAUUUUUUGGCUAAAGAAGGAAGAGGAGGUGGGAAACCAUGAUAGGGGUCGGGAAAGCCAAGCAGUACUCGAAUGUUCUUGACAAGCCUCUCAGCAAGGGAAAACAAGAGGUCAGCUUGAGUGCUUUUGCGUUCUUGUUUUCAGAGCUUGUGCAGUACAAUCAGACUCAAGUUGAUAACAUUGCUGAGUUAGAACGGAGGCUUGAGGAUGCAGGCUAUUCUGUUGGUGCUCGAGUUUUAGAACUCCUUUGCCAUAGAGAUAAGGGAAAUAGAAGGGACACUCGUUUGUUGGGUAUUCUGUCUUUUGUCCACACCACAGUAUGGAAGGUGCUAUUUGGGAAGGCUGCUGACUCACUUGAGAAAGGCACUGAGCAUGAAGAUGAGUACAUGAUUAGUGAGAAGGAGCUUUUGGUGAACAGAUUUAUUUCUAUUCCAAAAGACAUGGGCACAUUUAAUUGUGGGGCAUUUGUUGCUGGAAUUGUUAGGGGUGUUCUUGAUAGUGCUGGUUUUCCCGCUGUGGUGACAGCUCAUUUUGUACCUAUAGAGGGUCAGCAGCGACCUCGGACAACUAUUUUAAUAAAAUUUGCUGAAGAGGUACUAAGAAGAGAAGCAAGGUUAGGCUGAGUGUGUGUUGAAGACCUUCUCUGUCUUUAUAUGAAGUAGUUUUUUCUUUCAUGAAAAUGGAAAAAAGAGAGGAUGGUGAAUGUUCAUUAAUAGCUAGUGAUUAUCAAAAGUUAAUCUGGGUUUUUCUUGCCAAUGAUGUAUUCGUCAAUUUUCUUGACAAAUUUAAAUAUCAAAAAAUUGAUUUACUUUAUAAAUUUACUAUAUUUAUGCCA